GGCGAGGGCGCGCAGCCGGAAUGUUUUGAUGGUCGGGAGCGCGCGGAGGGGGGCGCGCGCGGGCCGCGGGGCCGCGCGUCAGCUUGUCCGCUGUUGGGAGCCGAGCCCUUGGCCGGGGCCAGGCCACCCCGGGGCGCGCCUGGGUGCGGGGAGGCGAGCCAACCCACCCAGGGGAUCAGCUGUCGCCCUGGCUCGAUCCUCACCCCCCAACUCCGCGGGAACCUCUGAGUCCAGGCCCAGCUGGCUGGAGCUCCAUGGGCUCUGUGUCCACCCUGGCCGGCAGCUGCAGAGCCAGGGCACCGAGGGCUGGAGUGGAGCAGACACUGUCCAUGGAGCUGGUAGGGCCAUGUGGACAAGGCGUAUAGGGGGUGGCCGUGAUGGCGCAGUUUGACACUGAAUACCAGCGCCUGGAGGCCUCCUACAGUGAUUCUCCCCCUGGGGAGGAGGACCUGUUGGUGCACGUGCCUGAGGGGAGCAAGUCACCUUGGCACCACAUUGAAAACCUCGAUCUCUUCUUCUCUCGAGUUUAUAAUUUACAUCAGAAGAAUGGAUUCACUUGUAUGCUCAUUGGGGAGAUUUUUGAGCUCAUGCAGUUCCUCUUUGUGGUUGCCUUCACCACCUUCCUGGUUAGCUGUGUGGACUACGACAUCCUAUUUGCCAACAAGAUGGUGAACCACAGUCUUCACCCUACCGACCCCGUCAAAGUCACUCUGCCAGAUGCCUUUCUGCCUGCCCAAGUCUGUAGUGCCAGGAUUCAGGAAAAUGGCUCCCUUAUCACCAUCCUGGUCAUUGCUGGUGUCUUCUGGGUCCACCGCCUUAUCAAGUUCAUCUAUAACAUCUGCUGCUACUGGGAGAUCCACUCCUUCUACCUGCACGCUCUGCGCAUCCCCAUGUCCGCCCUCCCGUACUGCACGUGGCAAGAGGUGCAGGCGCGCAUCGUGCAGACCCAGAAGGAACACCAGAUCUGCAUCCACAAGCGCGAGCUGACCGAGCUGGACAUCUACCACCGCAUCCUGCGCUUCCAGAACUACAUGGUGGCGCUGGUCAACAAGUCCCUGCUGCCCCUGCGCUUCCGCCUGCCCGGCCUGGGAGAGGUCGUCUUCUUCACACGCGGCCUCAAGUACAACUUUGAGCUGAUCCUCUUCUGGGGCCCCGGCUCCCUGUUCCUCAACGAGUGGAGCCUCAAGGCUGAGUACAAGCGCAUCGGGCAGCGGCUGGAGCUGGCGCAGCGGCUGAGCAACCGCAUCCUAUGGAUCGGCAUCGCCAACUUCCUGCUGUGCCCGCUCAUCCUCAUCUGGCAGAUCCUCUACGCCUUCUUCAGCUACGCCGAGGUGCUGAAGCGGGAGCCGGGGGCUCUGGGUGCACGCUGCUGGUCGUUGUACGGCCGCUGCUACCUGCGCCACUUCAACGAGCUGGAGCACGAGCUGCAGUCCCGCCUGAGCCGCGGCUACAAGCCGGCCUCCAAGUACAUGAACUGCUUCCUGUCCCCCCUGCUCACGCUCUUGGCCAAGAACGGCGCCUUCUUCGCCGGCUCCAUCCUGGCCGUGCUCAUCGCCCUCACCAUCUACGACGAGGACGUUCUGGCCGUGGAGCACGUCCUCACCACCGUCACGCUGCUGGGUGUCACCGUGACUGUGUGCAGGUCCUUUAUCCCAGACCAGCACAUGGUGUUUUGCCCCGAGCAGCUGCUCCGCGUGAUCCUCGCCCACAUCCACUACAUGCCUGACCACUGGCAGGGUAAUGCCCACCGCUCGCAGACCCGGGACGAGUUUGCCCAGCUCUUCCAGUACAAGGCAGUGUUCAUCCUGGAGGAGCUACUGAGCCCCAUUGUCACGCCCCUCAUCCUCAUCUUCUGCCUGCGCCCCCGGGCCCUGGAGAUCAUAGACUUCUUCCGCAACUUCACGGUGGAGGUGGUGGGGGUUGGAGACACCUGCUCCUUUGCUCAGAUGGAUGUGCGCCAGCACGGACACCCCCAGUGGCUGUCCGGCGGGCAGACGGAGGCUUCCGUGUACCAGCAAGCUGAGGACGGGAAGACGGAGCUGUCACUCAUGCACUUUGCCAUCACCAAUCCUGGCUGGCAGCCGCCCCAGGAGAGCACGGCCUUCCUGGGCUUCCUCAAGGAACAGGUGCAGCGGGACGGAGCAGCAGCUGGCCUCACCCAGGGGGGCCUGAUCCCCGAAAAUGCCCUCUUUACAUCUAUCCAGUCCUUACAGUCUGAAUCUGAGCCACUGAGCCUUAUUGCAAAUGUGGUUGCUGGCUCUUCCUGCCGGGGCCCCCCACUUCCCAGAGACCUGCAAGGUUCCAGGCAUAGGGCUGAAGUCGCCUCGGCCCUGCGUUCCUUCUCUCCCCUGCAGCCGAGCCAGGCUCCCACAGGCCGGGCCCACAGCACCAUGACAGGAUCUGGGCUGGAUGCCAGGACUGCCAGCUCCGGGAGUAGUGUGUGGGAAGGACAGCUGCAGAGCCUGGUGCUGUCGGAGUACGCGUCUACUGAGAUGAGCCUGCAUGCACUGUACAUGCACCAGCUCCACAAGCAGCAGGCCCAGGCUGAGCCUGAGCGGCAUCUAUGGCACCGCCGGGAGAGUGACGAGAGUGGGGAGAGUGCCCCUGAAGAAGGAGGAGAAGGUGGCCGGGUCCCCCAACCCAUUCCGCGCUCUGCCAGCUACCCCUGUGCCACACCCCGGCCCGGAGCUCCAGAAACCACCACCCUUCAGGGGGGGUUCCAGAGGCGCUACGGGGGCAUCACAGAUCCUGGCAUGGUGCCCCGGGCUCCCUCUCACUUUUCUCGGCUGCCCCUGGGAGGGUGGGCAGAAGACGGGCAGCCAGCUUCACGCCACCCUGAGCCCGUGCCUGAGGAGGGCUCAGAAGAUGAGCUUCCUCCACAGGUGCACAAGGUCUAGGCAAGGCUGAAGAGGGUUCCUGUGCCCAGGACUGAGGCCACCAUGGAGGGCUUCUCUGAGUGUCGCCUGGCUCCACGUGUGUGGUGUUUGUGUGUCUGUGCCUGGUCAAGGGAGGUGCCAAUGCUGGGCUCGCCGUGGCCCAGGAGAGGAACGGGGGGGCCUUCCAAGGAGGGUAGGCAGGACCCUUGCUCCCCCUCCCAUCCCUUGACUCAGAGUGUGGUGCUAGAAACUGGUCCCCAGCCCAGCCCCAGUACUGCCACCUUUGCACCCGCCUCUACAAGUCUUCGGAGGCCUGCCCACCCACCACAGAAGCUGCCAAGCAGGGAGAACCUGUGCCAACUGUGGAGUGGGGAGGUGGGGCCUAGACUCCCACCUCCGCAGUGCCCCGUCCCCCAUCCUGAACGGAGAAGCAGCUCAGGCUGUGGCCCUUACCUCACCCCCAGUUCUCUCCCGGUGCUGCAGCCUGCCCCCCUCUCCAGCCUCUACACAUCACGGGCAUGUGUGUGCUGCUUGCCCCUGCCCCCCUUCUAUCGAGCCUUUGCUUUGCGUGGGCGUGGAGCCCCUCACUCCCAGCUCCCUCUCCAGCUCUCUUUUGACACUAAGAAGGAAGGUUUCUAAAUUACAAGGACAGGAAACUGCUGCCCUCUGCGAUUUUCAGGCGGGGUCUCUGGGAGAUCGAGACCCUUCCUGCCCCCCCCCCCCCCCGUGCUGCUUAUUGUACAACCUCCUCAGUCCACCACACGCCCCCAACUGUGCAUGGGAGGGACAAGGCAGGAGCCAGGAACCAAGCGCUGGGCUCCCUCCCUGGAAGGGGGAGCGCGCUCUGACCUGCAGCCUGAGGUCCCUGGACAGGGUGGAGAACCUGCGGGGUGCCCGCACGCCCGGCUGCCGCGUUGCAUGCUGGGACCCCACCCGGCCCCUUCCCAGCGAGCAGCGCUGCGGGCACUGACAGCGGAACCGGGUGGGGACCGUGUACAACUUGAUAGCCCUCAAUAAAAGAAGGGAGUUUGA